GCGGUGACACCGCACAAAAGAUUGCGAUAGGCUUAAGUGAGGUUACAGCAAAGGCAACGGGGAGGGGGGGGGGGGGGGACCCCCCCAGAGCCCGGAACGGCUUGCGGGGAGGCCCCCGGGAGCCCCCCCGUCCCAAUAGUUUGUCUCAAAGCCUGAGAAAGGGAAUUUAAAAGAAGAUCUUCCCCUCCCUUCUCCGCUUGUUUUUUUUUUUUUUUUUUUUUUUUUUUUUCUUCUCCUUCUUCCUCGGGAGUUGGCGACUCGGCUACAGAACAUGGCAGGAGCAGCGCCAGGCCGGGCGGGUUGCGGCAUCCGCGGCUGUAGCCCGGAGCCCCCGCCCUUGUUUGCGGGAAGAGCCUAACUCGGGGCGGCGGCGCCCAGUCGGCGGGGCCCGGGGCCGAAGCGGGCAUGGACCGCGGCGGGGAGCGAGCUGGCGGCGGCCGCGUGAACGCUCGAGGCAGGAAGGAGUGAGGCAGCCGCAGGAGGAAGGCGAGCGGAUCCCGCCCUCCGCUCCCCCCAGCACCCGGAUCCGGUGGCUUUUUUUUUUUUUUUUUUUUUUAAAUUUAAUUCCCCCCCCCUCCCAUCCCUUCCCGCGGUCUUAACCCCUCCGGUUCCCUCUCCCCUCCUCUCCCCCCCCUUUUCCCUUUCCCUUCUCCCUUCCCCUCCCCGGCAGCCACACCCUCCGCGCCGCUUCCUGCGAGCCGGCGGCGCGGGGCCGCCGGGGGCGGCACAUGGUGCGCAGCCGCCGCCCCUCCGGCCCUUGCGAGCCGCUCCCGGCUGCCGCUCGCCCACCUCGGGAGCCCGGGCACGGCGGCGACCCGGGAGGCUGCUCCCUCACCCCGAAUCCCCGCGGCCCCCCCGCUCCUCCGAGGUGCUCCUAAAGGAGGGAACUUCGCGCCGGGAUCCCCCCCAUCCCUCCGCGGUGGAAGGCGAGGGAAGUGCAAGCAGGAGGGGGAAAAUAAUAACGGCGCUAAUAAAUUAGCCGCGCCAUGCCCGAGGGGGGCCCCGGGGGUCCCGGCGAGCGCCGAGCCGCCGCUGGAGCGUCGUAGGAGCGGAGGCUGGCGCCGGAGCGGUGCGGGAGCCCCGGCGGAGCUCGCCCCCCGCAGCAGCCUGCCCUCGCCUCCCGGCGAUUAAUGGAAUGAUGUUGCGGAAAAGGCAGAGCGAUCCUGCCGGGCUCAGUCGGGACUGCUCGGGCGGCGGAGGCAGAGGCGGUGGCAGUGGGGUAGCGAGCGGCAUGCGAGUGCCCCCCCGGCGCUAUGGCUAGCGGCGGCUCUGGCAAGUCCAGCAGCGAGGUGUCCGGCGGCGGCGGCGUCCCCAGCAGCGGCUCCGUGCAGAGGAAGAAGCUCGUCUCUAUCUGCGACCACUGCAAGAUCAAGAUGCAACUGGUGGCCGAUCUGCUGCUGCUGUCGAGCGAGACCAGGCCGGUGAACACCGAGAGCUUGUCUGUCUUCGGUGAGUCCUUCGAGAAGUGCAGGGACACGAUCAUUGCCAGGACCAAAGGACUUUCCAUCUUGACCCACGACGUCCAGAGCCAGCUCAAUAUGGGACGCUUCGGGGAGGUGGGGGAAAGCCUGAUGGAGAUGGGGGAGCUGGUGGUCUCCCUGACCGAAUGCUCUGCCCACGCUGCCUACCUGGCUGCAGUGGAGACUCCGGGGGCCCAGCCUGCCAUGCCUGGCUUGGUGGAUCGCUACAAGGUGACCCGAUGUAGGCAUGAGGUGGAGCACGGCUGUGGGGUCUUGAAGACCACCCCUCUGGCAGAUAUGAGCCCUCAGCUCCUGCUGGAGGUUUCCCAGAACAUGUCCAAGAACUUGAAAUUCCUGACAGACGCCUGCGUGCUGGCCAGUGAGAAAUCCAAGGAUAAAUUUGCAAAGGAGCAGUUCAAACUCAGUGUCAAAUGUAUGAGCACCAGCGCCUCCGCCCUCUUGGCGUGUGUCAAGGAGGUCAAGACUUCACCCAGUGAGCUGACCAGGAACCGCUGCGUCUUGUUCAGUGGACCUUUGGUGCAGUCUGUCUAUGCUCUGGUGGGCUUUGCCACUGAGCCCCAGUUUUUGGGUAAAGCUGCCACCAUUAAUCCAGAGGGCAAAGCUGUGCAAACUGCUAUCCUAGGAGGAGCCAUGAGCGUGGUAUCUGCUUGUGUGCUCCUGACCCAAUGCCUCAGGGAUAUAGCCCAACACCCCGAAAGUAGCACCAAAAUGAGCGAUUACAGGGAAAGGUUGAGGAACUCAGCUUGCGCCGUCUCGGAUGGUUGCAACCUGUUAUCUCAGGCACUAAGAGAAAGAUCUUCACCCAGGACUUUACCGCCAGUGAACUCCAAUUCUGUGAAUUAACCCCCACACCUUCUGUUUAGAUCCCAGUCAUUGCUAAAGGAAAAUAAUAGCCCACCUCCUCGCCCCUUUUUUGUAUACCAAAGAAUUUGCUUGGAUGAGCCCAAUCCUUUGAUUUCAUGUGGUGAAGAAGCAGAACAGCAUAUUCAAACUAUACGUACUAACAAAGGUAGCCGCUUUUGGCUUCUUUUUAUUUUACUUUGAAGUCAAGGAAGUAUCUGCAGAUAAAUGUUCCUUUAUUCAACAUGGUCUUCUCACAAAUGGUAACAGCAACUGUUUAAAAGUUUUAUAUUUGGGGAGGUGGGGGUAUCUUAGAAAAAAAAAAAAAAGAAAAAAAGAAAAAAAUAGCUUUAAUCGCGCUGGGUGCGGUUUUUAAAGUUUGUCUUGUCUUGUCUUCCGAAAUUUCCCUUCUAAAUUUUACUGUUCGGUUGUUCAGGAAAAAGGUUACCUCAGUUCUCACUCAUUUAAAAAAUGAAAAAAAACCACCACCACAUAGAUGAUGGAUGUAGCUACUAUUUUGUUUGUUUUUGUUUUGUAUGACUUUUUAUUUUGCAUCAAGUGUAGGUUAGAAGUGCAUUUGGUGUGUAGGAGUGGAAGGACUGGAGGUUGUGAUUUUGUUUUCCAUGUGUUGAUUUCCAAACUGGGGGAAAAGCUACUGUGAGUGUUUAAACAAACAAACAAAAAAUUACACUAUAACAAAAGUGAUUUUUAAUUUUUUUUUUCCAAUGUCAGUUUUUAUCUUGCAUGUACUGGAGUAUUUAUUUCAUCUAUUAAAAUGUUAUGUUUCUCAGA